AUGGACAACGUUAACUCAGCAAUAGAUGUGAAUACGUGGAUCACUAACCCAUCGCAGAAGUUCACUAAUGCUGCCUAUGGUGCUUGGUCAUGGGCUGGUUGCACUAAAUGGGCUGAUCCCGAUUGCCCUGAUAAUGCGGUUUACCCUGGUACUGGUGUUGAUCCUACUUCUGCAAUGAACAACUGUUGGGCAUAUGAUUGGAAGUUGAAUGAUGAUUUGCCGUGGAAGAGUAAUUCUGUCUACGUUCGACAGAGUGACAUGUCUGACGCUUUUUGGGAUACCUUAUGGGAUUUGAGUCAUCAGCCUGAGUGUAACGAAGGCCGUGCGGUCUGCAUUAUCACCUUCGAGUAUUAUGGUGGUAAGAUGCUCGAGGAGCCCACCGACUGCUCUGGUGAUGGUCCAUGUACCUCCUUUGUUCAUCGUCAUCAAGGAUGGAAUAUUCAGGUCUCAUCUCUGUGGCGUAAGGGUGAUUCUGCUGGUAUGGAGACUUCUACUAAUUGGGUUGCUAAGGCUUUUGCAGCUAUUGAUCAGUAUAGUUCUUUGAAGGAGAGUUAUCAGAAUUAUAUAAGCAACCAAUGGACGGUCGAGCCUUGGAAGGACAAGUUCUUCCCUGGUCAGAAUGUUAGUCCGGAUCACUGGAAGUAUCGCUAUUUCGGUCCAUCAUCCAAUGGGGUAUAUAAACGUCUACAGGACGUGAAGUGCCGCUACAAUCCGUAUAAUUUGUUUACAACACCGGCUACAGCUGAUAUUGUAGUUGAACUUCCCGAUGAUUGUUCUAUCUCAACCUAG